ACCCAUAUUCCAUGAAUAUGUUGGGUUACCUUCAAUCGGCUUGAUGUUGCAGGCUUAGCCGCCUAGCUUUAAUGCAGUUGUCACCGGCAUUUUUCCAAGACCACCGUCUUCACUAUAGAGUUGAUGAUUACCAAAAAAAUUCCAACUUUGUUAUAUUUUGUUCUCCCCUGUUUUUAUUGUAGAUAUGUUGAUAAAUAAAAACAGAGAUUUUGCAAUUCUUUUAGUUUGUUUAGCCAAAAUGAAAGAUCAUAAAUAUUUUCACACUAUUUUUGAAUGAGUGUUAAGAUAGAGCUUAUGGGCCAUGGAACCAUGAACUUGGAGAAGAUGAAGCGCAUGCAAGUUGAGGGAGAUACACAAAGACAACAACGAUGGGUGGAGGUGAUCUUAAUCAAAUACGUUGUGAUGGUGUGAUGGUUUUGGCUUGGAGAAAGAUGAUGCCAACAACCAUGGACUUCUGGAUAGGUGAGGCAGCAGAGAAAAGGUAGAAGGAAAUUUGUUUUUUGAUUUCUGUGUAAUUUUUCAUUUUUAUUUCUUUAAGCCGAACAAAACAUAAGGUUUAAGAAAACUCAAAUCUCUUCACGUACGUUUCCCUCGUAAGCCAAAUUCCCAAAACCCUAAUUUUAUUCCCGCCCCCAAGUCUCGUCACCAUAGAACCAGUUCGCCAUCUUCUCGCCGCCACAACCGCCUCUUAUCUCUCCUCCAUAGCCGCCAUAACCGUCUCUUCGCUCUCCUCCGUCGCCAGUAAUCAUUAUCAUCAGUUGCAAUGGCAAGAGAAUUUUCAGAAGAAUGGAAAUCGCUAUUCCCAGUAGGUGGAUCCACUGUAUCUCCUCUUCUUUUCUCUGAUCCUCAUUCCAUUGGUCCAAUCUUCUUUAACCCUAACCCUAACUCACUCACCCAUCUUUUCUCUUCCACAAUCCCCUCUCUUUCGCUCCCACAUCAUCUCUUAACAGAACGCUACCUUGUAUCCUCUGACCCUUCCAUUCUCCCUUCCACUGCUUCCAGUAUUGCUACUCUCUUUGAUUCUCCCAUUCAAGUAAUCGACCACAAUGUUUCUCAAUUCCUUCAUAACCGCAUUCAUCUCCUCAAGUGCCGGGAUAGCCCUAAUGUUGUUAUUCUCUUCCCAACCGGUGCAAACGACGAGAGUAUCGGGUUUUUUAUGUUGUGUGUUAAGGACUCGCUGUUGGAAACUCGGCUUGAUGUUAAAGGUAAUGUUUUUCGAGCUUCUACAGGUUCAAAGAGCCGAAUUUUUCGGAUGUCAGUUAAUCCGGUUACUGAUUCUGAACUUGGAGGGGCCUCUGAUUCUUCUCUUGUUAUUGGGUAUUUGUUGGCUUCUUCGCUUUAUUCAGUUUGUUGGUUUACUGUGAAUCAUAAUUUGAAUAUGCACAGUCCUAGUAUGUCUUAUUUGGGAACAAGUAAAGUGUUUAAGGAAACUGUUGUGCAUGCUUGUUGGAGUCCUCAUAUACUGGAAGAGAGUUUGGUUUUGUUAGAAAGCGGCCAGCUGUUUUUGUUUGAUUUGGAGUCUCAAGGUUCCAUGAAUGUUUUCAAGGGGACUAGGUUGAGAGUACCAUGGAGUGAUUGGACCGGUUCGGAAGAAAACAAGGCUUGGCUUAGUUGUGAGUUUAGUUGGCAUCCGAGGAUUUUGAUAGUUGCACGUUGUGAUGCUGUUUUUUUAGUUGAUUUGAGAUUGAAAGAAUGCAGUGUGACUUGUUUAAUGAAGAUUGAGACAUUGCGGAUGUAUGCUACUAAUGUAAACGAACGGUUUCUUGCCUUGUCAAGGGCUGGUCCUGAUGACUUUUACUUCACUGUGGCUUCCAGUAGUCUUUUAGUUCUGUGUGAUGUAAGGAAGCCUUUGAUGCCAAUAUUGCAAUGGAAGCAUAACAUUGAUGAACCAUGUUACAUGAAUGUGUUAAGCUUGGCUACGUUAAGAUCUCACUCAAAGGUAGAUAAUUUUAAGUUGGCUUCUGAAAUGGGGUUUUGCAUUAUCUUGGGAUCAUUUUGGAAUUUUGAGUUCAAUGUAUUCUGCUAUGGACCUGCAGUUCCAUUUCGGAAAGGUUCUAUUACUUCCAAGCUUUCGAAGAUUAGCACAACAUUCUGUGCUUGGGAGCUUCCAUCUGAAGUCAAUUUAUCUAAUCACGAGUGUCAUUGUGGAAUUUGUCUGUUUAGAGAAGACUUGUCGAAGGAUGCACUUCCUGAGUGGGUUGAUUUGCAGCUAAAGAAAGAGAUGGUUUUGGGAUUCGGCAUUUUAAGCAAUGACCUUGCUUCCUUACUUUGUGAACCAGAUGAGCAUGGUGGUUUUACAUUAGUAAGGAUAACGUCGUCAGGAAGGUUUGAAUUACAGAGAUAUCACGCCUCAUGGUCUCUGGCUAGAAUAUUGGAAGGUCGCCAUGAAGCAGAUUUAUGUACCGAGUCACACUUGCUACAUCCCAGGAGUGUUAAGGAAAACAAAUCUGCAGAACUUCAUUACCUAAAAUUGGAUUACCUUCGUGCUUAUGCAAAUGGUAAUCUUGCUCAAAUCCUUACUACGAAAUUAGACAAGGCCUAUUCAAAUGAUCAAGAGGAGGCUCCUUUUAGUUUAGAAGUUCAUGAAUUAUUGUGUAAGAAAUUAAAUGCUUGUGGAUUGGGCCAUUCAAGAUCAUCUCCUGCAAUUACUUCUAUUUUUAACGACGUCAAGCUACCGGCUAGCUUCCACGAGGUUGCCUUAAGAAAACUGUGGACUGACUUGCCUUUGGAGCUACUACAGUUAGCAUUCAUGAGUUAUUCUGAAUGUCGUGAAAUCAAUGGAUUCAACCAAACCAGGGUACCUUUGGAAUUCUUAGCUGUUCCAGAUCUUCCUCAGUUGCCUCCGUUCUUUUCUAGAAAACCAUCACCCCAUAGCGACAAUGACAUUGUUGGUCCAGUUAUUCCUUUCCCUGCUUUACUUGUGAUUAAUGAAGUUCGCUACGGGUACUCUGAUUUGGGAAGUGAUGGAUUUUCAGUAGAAGCAGAGCUUGAUCUCAAAUACAAAGAAGUAAUGCAGGUGGCUAAUGAGAUUGCUGCUUCAUCUCACAGCUCUAUGCCUCCUGAUGAUCAUGCAGUCUCCCUUGCUGAGGAGAAUGAGGAUCCCUGGGCUGAUUCUUCAAAACCAAAACCUUUUUCGACAUAUCGUCCAAUUGCCUUGACUUUCUCUGGCACAGACAGUGUACAGCGAAAGUGUUCUUCUACCAAUAACAUUUAUGAAUCAUUUAUUUUUCAUGUUUCGGAGAAGUCCUGCAAGCAGACUGAAUCUGAAUCUGUUGGAGCAGAGAUGUUUGAUGAUCUUUGCCCAAUUGAGAUGAGGUUUGAUGCUCCUGAGAAGAAGUUUGAAGACCAGAGCUUAAAGGCAUACACUUAUUUGAAAAAGAAAAUGUCUCGGUGGCAUGAAGAAUUUGAUUUGUAUUAAGAAUUUUGUAUUCAAUCUGGAUUUAAAAAAGUAGUCAACAGUUAAUAGAUGAUCCUUCCUUCAUCCAUUCUUAGCUCAUUGGAACACAUGUGCUGGAUGUGACAUCUGCGCAGCUUCUUGUUACUGACAAUGAUUUUAGAGACAAAGAGUUUAGAAAGCAACUUUCCGAAACUGUGAAAUCACUUCUAUCGUUGAAAGUUAUUCCAAUAUUCAACGAGAACGAUGCAGUUAG